GCAGGAGGAAAACUGCAGCCCCCGAGGGUUUGCUGGUUUACGGUUACCUACUCCGGACGAAAGAGACAUAUUGUGGAUGUUCAUCAGAAUCAACUGUACAUGUGGAGCAUGUUUUCAGCUUCAUUUUGUUCAGUGGGGAUCCGUCUUCCGCUGAGGAUCCUGAAUUCGACUAAGAGGCUUGGAGACACUGAAGCUGCUCAGUCUUCAGCUUCUUCGUUUUUUUGAUCUGGGAUUCGUUUGCUUCUGAGAUACAAUUGAAAAUCUCCCUCCUCCUCCUCCUCCUCCUCCUCCUCCCCCUCCUCCAAAACAGAGCCUUGGUUUCUGCCAGUCUCUGUUUAGUGCGGGAGUGGGAAGAAGAACAGAGGAGGCAGAGGAGCAGGAGAAAGAGAGAGAGAGAGAGAGUGGAAGAAGACGGCAAGCAAUUGGACGGGGUAGCAGGGAAGGUGAAGAGCGAGGCAGAGAGAGGAGAACAGGGAAGGGUUGCAGUUGUCCUUGCGUAUCAAACCCACCCUUGGGAAUCCUAAUAAAUGCGUUUUCGAGUCCGAAGCGAUCAGAGGGGGAGAAGGUUGAGGGCAGAAAAAAUGUCACUUGGUUGUCCUCAAAGACAAGGAUGAAGAAGAUUUGGCUUGCUGUCCUUUGGUGAUGGUGAUGGUGAUGGUGAUGAUGACGAUGACAACGACGACGAUGAUGAUGAUGAUGAGAAAGGGGGAGAAGGGGGAGGUCAUGCCACGUCACGUUAUUGCCGUAUCUGGACUGAAAAUUGCACCAAAUACAGCUAUAAUGACCGGGCGUGAUGAUAGGGGUAAUGACAGACAUGGCAGCGUCGUCUUGCCCUUUGGUCUGUGAGGUCACCAGCGUCUUGGAACUGAGAAUCUGAUAAGCCCUCUCAAGUACUCAAAAAAAAAAAAAAAAAAAAAAAAAAAGACUCCUGAAGUACUGUAGUAACCGUGUAGUUACUGUAGUAACUGUGUAGUUACUGUAGUAACUGUGUAGUUACCGUAGUAACUGUGUAGUUACUGUAGUAACUGUGUAGUUACUGUAGUAACUGUAGUUACCUUUCUCGCCGUUUAUUCUCGGCCUUUUGGCUAAGGAAGAUCAAGAGCAGUAUCUGUUAUCUGUUCUGAUCAGUUUUCCCUCUUGGCUAAGAAGAAAAAGGAUCACGAUUCAGGGGUAGGAAAAAAGGGACCUGUGUUGUCGGAGUACAAAGAAUCAAGGAUUCAAGGUGCGAUAUCGGAUGUACAUUUCACAGUGGCUAGCACUUUGACAACGCCAUACACAAGACCGCAGUACCCACCUCUUCUGGCCUGGUAAUUAUUGCCGUAUCUGGACUGAAAGUUGCCCCAAAUACAGGUAAAAUGGAUGUUCUCAGGAGGAUAAACAGGGGCCGAUCUAGCGAUGGAGAAGCUUUGGAUGAAUGGAAAGAAGAGGCAGAGGGUACUCCGAGUCCCUGGCGGGCGACUAAAGCACCUGAUGGGUAUAAGUCACCCAAACUCGCCACUGGAGGCGCCAUUUCAGGGGAAAGAGACAGUGGAGAUGGUCGGGGGGCUGGGCAUGCAUUGCCGCACGACCAAACUCACUCGCAGCAUCAUCACUCCUUCUCCCUCUCCUCCUUUUUCCGAAGUGGAAGACAUGGGGAGAGGGGAAAGAAGCCUGCCAACAGGGAAAGGAAAUCAUGUAUGGGACGCGCUCUGGGACCCAAUCGCACCUCUGCUGACCAGUCGCCAAGGCCGACGACAGACACAGGGUCUGGGUCGUCCGGUGGCUCCCCUGUCGAUGGCCACCGAGAUUGGAAGUCUGUGGCAUCCCCUGAGCCACCACCACCGCCUCCACCUCUCUCCGCAGGUGCCAUGGCCAGGAGACGACAACAGGCUGAGCUGUGGGAAGGAGCAGAAGACAGAAGCGAUGAGAGCAAUGCGGAAUUCUUCAAGGCUUUAGGAGAAGAGGCGCGUGAGAAAUCCUCAGAAACAACAAAAGCAAUCGUGCAAGCAAAACAGAUUGCAGAGAGGACCAGGGGCAUCGGGGGUGAUUUAUUAAUAGCACUCAACGAGCAAGGGGAAAUGAUUGCCAGAACUCAUCAGACAGGAGAAAAAGUGAUGAGGAAGAUGGGGCCCUGGUUUGGGAAAUCAUGGAAACCAAGGAGGGGGAAGGGAGUAUCGGGACCCCCAGUUGUCCGAGUCAAGUCAAUGAAGAGGAUGAAUUCAGGCAAGCUGCGGCCCGAGCUUCUAGGGGAGCCACGGAAGCCUCAGAAACCUACUGUACAGGAACUCGAGAAGCAGACAACCCUCAAUCAUCUGGAGGCUGAGAGAAAGGAACAGGACAGGGGCCUUGACGACUUGAGCGAUUUUCUGAAGGAUUUGAAGGGAUUAAGCCUCGAAAUCGGUGAUGAGCUUAGCAGGCAAAAUCCUGCCUUGGAUGCACUUCAUGAUGAUCUGACUGCGGUAGAUAAAGGAGUUGGACAUGCAAACACGCGGCUGAGGUAUCUGGUCCGAAGAUGAGGUAUGUGCAUUCGUUAUGCGGAAGGGCAAGGUGACAGAAAAAUUUGCCCUGGAGGCACGACUUGCAUAUAAACUGCGCUGAGGAAGGAGGCUGCAAAUUCAUUUGAUCUCUACUGAAGCGGGGUAGGGGGGGCAGAGGAGCAGAGGACAGGGGAAGGGUGGGUGGACGGGGCGGGGGACGGCUGGACCGAAGCAAACGGAACAAGAAAACAAAAUAAAAAGAAAGGACAAAAGAUGGUGAGGACAAUGACAAUUUACGGAAUGCUGGAACCGGUUUCCUUAAUCGUACUGAAUGACGUUCAAUUGUCAAACAUGGCUAUCUUCUCUUUCUUCUUUGGUCCGUCGCCAUUGAAAUACAAAGGCCCUUUAGGGUCCAAAUUUCCCUUGUUGUACUAAAUUACUUACAGAGGUAUGCAUACACUCUAGGAAUACCUCAGGGAGGCAGAGGAGGAGAGGACAUGGGAAGAGUACGCCGGUGUGGACAGAAGAAAACAGACGGUGACGAGAAUGACAAUUGAUGGGAUGCGGGAACCAGUUUCCAUCACCAAGACUGUCGUACUGAAUGAUGUUCGAUGGGACACUGGGCCCAGUUUCCAGCAGGUGUGACUCCCCGUCAAUGGAUCGGAGUAUGCUAGUCGAUGUGUGUGUUGAGAUAAACAGAGCCCCGCAAA